CACACACAUUUUUUUAAGGAGAUACUCACAUUACACUAGCGCUGCACUACACUACACUACAAUAGCCAUGACGAUCACCCCAGAGCUGGAGGACAAGCAGCAGCAGCAGGGCGUCAUGGCGGAAACCACACAACAACCCUCCCCCUCCGUCUUCCUUGACGACCUACCCCUGCUGGCACCCUGCAUCAUCGACAUCGACGGCGGCAAGGACGACUCCUCACCUGAGGACGACGGCAACCUUGUGCUUCCCUACAUCUCGCGCAUGCUCAUGGAGGACAUCACCGGUGAGUUCUCGGACCGGUACAACCCGGACCACCCUGCCCUCCUCAAGGCCCAGCAGCCCUUCGCCGAGAUCCUCUCCAAUGCCAUCCAAAAGUGCCCCUGCAAGCAGCUCUCCCAGCCGGCGCCGCUGCGCAUGGACACCGUGGAGGCCAAGAGCUUGCAGCUGAUGACAGACAAGGGCAGCAGCUGCGUGGACGUGGUGAGCAUGGCAUUCUUCAAAGGCAUGGAGGAAGCUAACAAGUUCUUGCCCAUUCCCACAGACAGUGAUGAGACGGUCUGGCCCAGCUGCAGGCGGAAGAAGAAGAGGCUUGACAGGGAUGAUGAGACGACGGCGCAGGCACAAGAGGUUGGCAUGAGCACCAGCAAGCAGAUGGCAGCAUCGCUGCAACCAGCUGAGACGGAGGAGGAAGCAGCUGCACGCGAGAUGCUGGACAGGUUGAUGCUUAACGGCUACGACCACCCAAGCCUUGCCGCCGACAUGCUGGAGCCCCCAUACGUUGACAUAGGGAUGAUAGGGAAGACGACGCCACCGCGGGGAAGAAGGCACGCAGUGGACCUGCAUACCUUGCUCAUUCGAUGCGCCGAAGCUGUGGCCAGCAACGAUUACCGUGGAGCAGCUGACCUGCUGGAGCGGAUCAAGCACCACUCAUCGCCGACGGGGGACGGGACGCACCGAUUGGCGCACUGCUUCGCCAUGGGGCUGGAGGCACGGCUGGCUGGCACAGGGAGCCAGAUCUACCGGUUGUUCAUGGACAAGCUUACCUCGUCCACGGUAGGCGUCCUCAAAGCCUACCAGUUCCACAUGACUUCCUGCUGCUUUCUGCUGGUGCAACACCUCUUCUCCAACAAGACCAUCUACAACGCUGUCACCGGGAGGAAGAAGCUGCACAUUGUCCACUAUGGUCUAGGCCGCGGGCUCCAAUGGCCAGACUUGCUGCGGUGGCUUGCACGCAGGGAUGGCGGGCCGCCGGAGGUGAGGCUCACCGGUAUCGACAACCCACAGCCUAGGUUUCGCCCGGCUCAGCACAUUGAGGAGACAGGGCACCGGCUCAGUGAAUGUGCACGCCGGAUCGGUGUGCCGUUCAGGUUCCGUGGCAUUGCAAAGAAAUUGGAGGCCGUCCAGGUUGAGGACCUGGAUAUUGAUCCCGAUGAGGUGCUCGUCAUCAACUCCAUACUCCAUUUGCAGAGUUUGAUGGACGAGAGCGUCUUUGUCGAGAGGUCAAACCCCAGGGACAUGGUGCUCAGCACCAUCAGGAAGAUGAGGCCAUCAGUGUUCAUCCACGCCGUCAACAAUGGAUCACACAGCAGCGCGUUCUUCAUGACACGGUUCCGUGAGGUUCUCCAUAGCUACACUGCACUAUUUGACAUGAUGGACGCCAUCGCCCCGAGAGACGAUGACAAGAGGCUGCUGGUGGAGCGGGACAUGUUCGCAGCGUGCAUCACGAACAUCAUCGCGUGCGAGGGCAUGGACCGGGUGCAGCGGCCUCAGAGCUACAAGCAAUGGCAGAUACGCAGCCAGCGAGCAGGUCUUAGGCAGCUACCAUUGGACCCUGAGAUUGUUCAAAUGCUCAAGGACAAGGUGAAGAAGGAAUAUCACAAGUCUUUCGUGAUCAAUGAGGAUCAACAUUGGCUUCUCCAAGGAUGGAAAGGACGGGUGCUCUAUGCGCUCUCCAUGUGGACGGCAGAUGAUGACAGAUCUGUAUUGGCACAAACUUGA